GGAGGCUCUCAGGAUCCCGAUUGAGAUCGACCCGAACCUCUAUCCCACCGUUAGCAGUCAUAGGUCCCCGCGUGAAGCCAGUUGCCUGUGGAAGAUGGCGGACGACCAUUGCAUCGACGGCUUUCCGUCUCGAUAAAGACGGGAAGCGACCGGAGCCGCCCAGAGGGAGUUCGUUCAUCAUCUUCAUUUAGUUUGGAUCUACAGCGUGAAAGGGAAAACUGACGAUGGAGUUAAAGGAACAUGUCCAUGAGCUAGCAACUGCCUCCAGAGAGGAAGUCACAGACAAUAAAGAAAUUGUGAAGUUUGAUCCAAGCCGAAUGAUUGGUAUUAUCAAAAGGAAGGCCUUAAUAAAAGAGUUAGCUGCUGCGUACCAUGCUGAAUGUAUUGCUUGUGGUCAAGAACUUUUGCAACUUCAGAAAAAGUUGGAAGAGCAGCAAUGCAACGAAAGAAGAGCUCCAGAGGUGACAAGGAAGGUGUUUAAAAGGCCAAAGAAACGACCAAAGAAGGAACGCUAAGCUUUGAUGAACCGUUUUCAGAUUAUUCGGUAACAAAUUUAAUAACUGCGCCACAGCUUUGUAGUGUUUGUAGUGCUUUGUAGCUCCAAUGCAUCUAUCGUUAUUUCUGUGUUGUGAAUACAUAAACCUUUGAUACGGGACUUACAAGUAGUGUAUUAAGCAUCGAGUAGAAUGAAGGUUUUUCUCUCCUUUUCUUUUUCAA